AGGAAAAGGAGAAUCCAGAGCUAAGCUGAAGAGGUCACAGAGUUUUGCUGUUGCCAGUGCUAGCAGCAUUAAACAAAUUUUGUUGGACUGGUGUCGCUCUAAAACCAUAGGAUACAAGCACAUCGAUCUCCAGAACUUCUCUUCAAGCUGGAAUGAUGGGAUGGCAUUCUGUGCCCUUGUGCAUUCUUUCUUUCCUGAAGCUUUUGAUUAUAAUAAGCUUGACCCAGCUAAUCGCAAGCAAAACUUUGAGCUGGCCUUUACCAUGGCUGAGAAAAUGGCUCACUGCGAUCGUCUGAUAGAAGUAGAUGAUAUGAUGAUGAUGGGUCACAAGCCAGAUCCCAUGUGCGUCUUCACCUAUGUCCAGUCUCUAUACAAUCAUCUACGACACUUUGAAUAAAACACAUCAACACAUCUCCAGCCAGAAGGGUUACGUACAGUAUGCUAAUGGGAAGAGUGACGUUUUGCAAAUAGAACACAGUGUUAUUUCUUGC